GGCCAGGGGAAACCAGUUUAUCUUCCUGAAAAGUCAUGCCUCGCGCAACAUGUCACUGUUGCUUGACAUGUCCAUGUUGCCCAGGUUGUCCGUGCUGCUAUGAAUGUGUUAGGUUUCGGCGUUACUUGUUCAGCAGAUCCCUAUUCGCAUGCUGCUUGUGUUGGCGUUUUCUAUUCAGCGAUGAACGGAACUGUGACUGCUUCUACUGUCCACACAGCGAAGAUGAAACCUGCCAGUGCUGCCACUGCACAUGCUCACAGAACCCAAAUUGCCGCUGGUGCUGCUGCUCCUGUGCUAAUAAUCCACACUGCAAGUACUUGUGCUGCACAGAUGAGAAUGAUGACUGCCAGUGCUACGAAAGCACGUGCUGCAACUACCUCAACUAUAUACCUUACAAGCAUCGGUACAGACUUAGAAGACGCAAGUUGAUAAGCAACUCAUCUGUCAUUUCACUGGAUAAGGAAUCAUCGGGACAUGCUUUUCUUGACCAGCUUAUUUGCCCUUUGUGCCAAGAGCUGUUUCUCCGACCUUUUAUGCUUCCAUGUAAUCACUGCAUUUGCGAUAAGUGCAUAAUGAAGAGCCAACUUCAGGCUGAGAUCACAGAGAACUUCUUCAUCAUCACAUGCCCCAUUUGCAACAAAGCCCACUGCCUUCCAUUUGCUAAGAAAAUCCAGCUGAGGAUGAAUUACCUAAGAGCCAGAUUGGCCAGGAAAUAUAUGCGCCGAUACGGUUUCCUGCGGUGGAGGUUUGACAGAAGCCGGCUACCAAUUUAUUGCCAACUUUGUGACGAGCGCCGGAAGGCCACCAAGAGAUGUGUGACAUGUCAAUUGAAUUACUGUAACCUUUGCUUGAGGAACUUUCACCAGGAUAUCUCGUACCAAAAUCAUGUCUACGCCAAAAUCAGUGACGAAGUUUGGGAAGAAAGAAACUGUUUGAUCCAUGGUGAUUCAAUGAUCUCAAAAUACUGUCUUGAUGACCAUGAACUGCUUUGUGAAUACUGUGCUGAUGCACACCACACGGAUCAUGACACAGUCCCUUUGCCAAUAGCAUGCUCAAAACUGUCUGCUGCAUUAUUCGGUUCUAUUGCAAAGUUUAAAAAAGUACGAUUUAUAAUUGAUAAUGAUCUAAUGGAAGUCCUUGUAUUAAAAAACAAUUUUAAGUCGUAUAAAGAAACAAAAAGGAGGGAGAUCAGGAACGGUUUCAUGAGGUUACAGAGCAUCCUUCAACAACGGGAGAAAGAGCUGAUGGAGGCAGUAGAAAACCUUGAGAUUCAAAAACAGAAGGCACUUUACGAGUUUGCCGAAUACACAAGCAAGAGAAUUGAUCAGAUGGACAGCCUUAUGCAGUAUUCUAAGGAAGCUCUAAAGGAACAAAGCCAGCUUGCAUUCCUGCAGUCUGCAUAUGGGCUAGUAGUUGAAAUAGAAGAUGCAAUUGCUAAUAUUUAUCAACCUAGCCCACUUCUCAGGGAAGACCCUAUUAAGCACCUUAAAGUCAACUUUGAGGAACUUGCACAAAAGUUACAAACCAUUUUCCCAGCACUUUCAAAGAAAGUGUAUGAUAAAACAAGCAAAUGUCCUUAUCCUUGCAGUUCUGACAUAAUGAUUCCAAGGGAUGUUUCCAGUGCACACGUCCCAAAUCCACUAGGAAUGGAUCGUAGUCAGUCUUUAGCUUCAUUUACUUCAUUAGAUCAAGACAUAAUGACCGACAUGUAUCUAAGACCCAAAUCCUUACCUCCUAACUUGAGAGAUAAUGGGAUGUAUGCAGUUUGGGAUGCAGCAUCAGAUACCUCAAGAAGCGAUAGGAAAUUUCAAAACCAAGGAAUCUACUACAAUCCAGAAUUACACGGAGAAGCCCAAUCUACCACUGUUCCUGGCGUUGUUAUUGUCUACCAAACACUUGUAUUUCCAACUCUUGCUAAGAUUUACUGGACAUGUCCUACAGAAGACGUAGAUAGCUUUGAGGUUGCUUAUUAUGAAAUAGUUGAUGAAGAGGCAGCUGAGAAUUUAAUUCAGCCACAACUUGUAGGAGUGCUAACUGGGAUUGCCCAACAGAAUCUGGAAAUACAUAAUCUGACACCUAAUACAGAAUAUCUCUUCAAAGUCCGGGCUGUCAAUGAGCAUGGUCCAGGCCCAUGGAGCGAAAUUUGUAAGGUGGUGACUCCAGAAAUGCGUGCGAGAGUCAAAGGCAAAUGGGGAUUGCUACGAAAUGUUCAAUCUGCUUUCCAUAAACAGUCCUGACCUGCAAGUCAACCAAUGAAAUUUUUAAAGAGAUAACUCAGAAGUAAGCCACUGGAUAGAAAGCAAUUAUAUUUUCUCAGAUGCCUUUCCUUUUCUUCUAAAGUGAAGCUACCUUGCAAGCUGAAAUCUGAGAGUAAACCCUUCAGAAUAAAGAUCUCCUAGCAAAUUAAA